ACAGCCCAGAACCAGCCACGCCCCCGCCCUCUUCACUCUCCGUCGCCGUUCGCUCGCGCCGCCGCCCGUGAAACCUAGCGCCGCCGCCGGUGGGAGCGCGCCUCCAAGCCACCGCCCCCGCCCCCAAACCCUCCAAGCAACAGCCAACAAUGGCGGACUCUCCCUCCUUCCGCCGCCACCCGCUCCCCUUCUCCGUUGACCUCGUCCGCUGGCUCCCGUCCUCCGCCUCCUCCGGCCGCCACCUCGCGGCCGCCGUCCACGACCCCUCCGUGCCCGCCUCCUCGCGCCUCAGCCUCCUCCCGCUCCACGACCCCGCCUCCCCGCUCGCCUCCCUCCCGCUCCCCUCCCGGCCCACGGCCCUCCGCUGCUCCCCCUCCGUCCUCGCCGCCACCACCUCCUCCGGCUCCCUCCACCUCCUCCCCUCCUCCUUCGACACCGGCUCGGCGGUGUCCGUCCCCGGCGGCGCGGGGUUCCACGUGGGGCCCGUGCGCGGGCUCGACUGCGGCGGCGAGGGGUGGGUGACGGCGGGGGAGGACGGGAGGGUGCACGUGGUGUCGGACGGCGGCGAUGGCAGGGUGGUGGCCAGGAGGGUGUGGGAUGGGAAGGGCAUGUCCGGGUACGAGGCGGCGAGGUGGGCGUCGUCGGCGGAGUUCGCCACCGGCGGCGCCGGCUGCGGCGUGCAGUGGUGGGACCGCAGGAAAGGGGACGCCGUGGUGGCGCAGUGCAAGGGCGUCUGGGGUCGUGGUGUCGCCACGGGCAUGGUGCAUUCCAUUGAUAUACAUCCAUCAAGAAAGCAUGUCUGUGUGGUUGGAGGGUCCUCAGGAACAAUAUUUGCUUGGGACCUACGCUGCGCACAGCAGCCAAUACCACUCUCUGGUGUAGGGCUUGAUGAAACAGUACAACCCGUGUGCGAGAGUGAGGUCUGGGAGGUUCUUUUUGACAACUAUACACAGUCUUCUGAUAUUAUCUCGUCUGUCUCAACAAGAAUAUUACCUGUGAUGCUGUGCUCAGAGGAUGGAAUCCUUGCAAUCGUCGAACAAGAUGAGAGGCCUCUUGAAUUGCUUGCCGAGCCCUGUGCUAUCAACUCCUUUGAUAUCGAUCCUCAGAACCCUUCUGAUGUCGUCUGUGCCCUGGAAUGGGAAUCGAUUGGUGUGCUUACACGUGGAAGGGAUGCAAUGGCAGAGGAAUGAAUACAUUCGCUCUCCGACAAUUCUAUUGAAUUUCCAUGCACAAGUUCCUGUGAUGGCCCGUGGCGUGACUAGUCGAGAAAUCAGGGUAAGCAUCUUCCGAGGACACCGGCAUGCUGUCCUUUUGUUGCUCAUCAGCUAUCAAUGAUGGAAUAGGCGUGCUCGGCGUGUAUUUCAUUUGUUGUUUUGUGGGAAACUUUGUUGUCAUUGUAAUCGCGGAUCGUGUAAAACUUACACUGGAUCAUGCGUAGCUGUGAAUUGGUGUUCAGCAUAGGUGAAAUUGGAAGCAUAGCUGUGAAUUAUUGGAUC